UUUUAUUUCAUUAAUUUUUUCAAUCAUGUCGGAUGGCUUGGACGCGCUCUCAAACAAGGAAUUGCUGGCUAGAUGCAGGCAAUAUGGACUGCCAGUUAUCCCAGUGACGGACAGCACACGUAAUGUGAUCACCCGUCGUUUGCGUGCUGCUAUGCUAGGAACUCCUCUGAACAAAAGUCAGACACAAAAAAAUGCAAAUUCAGCAACAACAAAGAAGUCCACUCCUAGACGUGAAACCAUACACGCAGAAAAGGUGAACAACAACACGCGUGAGAGACAGAAUCAGAGUCGUCGCACGAUUGCCCAUGGGCUGGAUAAUGUAUCGCUUUCUGGACGCUCUGUUCAGACCACAACAACCGUCUCCGAUGUCGGCUCCCAGUCGGAGGAUGAUGACUAUUACAUGGUUCAGGUGCCAGAUGUGGGUUACUCGAAGCCCACACAAACCCCACCAAACCGGGAGGAUGAACGCCGCAUGCGACGUUCAGUGUCAUUGACAAAGUCUGGAGUAUUGACGACAUCUUACACACGUGAAGUAGAUGCUCCUCGUUAUGAUGAACUUGAUGAAGUUAAUGAGCCAACAUCUUUCACUUACGAGCGUCCACGAGUGUCCCAUGCACCUCCUGUACAUUCGUCUCCCUCGAGCUAUGAACCAGAUUAUCGCCGAACUUUCGCCACAGACUUGAAUCAGUCCAGGCCGCAUCUUACACAGACCCAACUGAACUCCACGAGCUAUCUGGAUGCUGAUUAUAACCAAUAUUCGACACCAAAAAGUUACGAGUCGCCGCUCAGAAGUGCUACAAAUCCAACGCCACGGAGCCCUUUUACUAGUACACCUGAAUCAACUCAGCCAAGGCAGCGACAAACAGUCAGCGGUAGCAGUCCUUCAUGGCCUGCAGGUCGUCUGAUUCAUCCAACUACUAAAGUGGACACUUUAUAUCCUAAAUUGGAUAACUUAUAUGACAGGCAACAUCGUCAAACAUUGCCUUCCACGGGCUCCCACAGGCCAAUGGACGUAGACACUGAUUCGGAACCUGAUGAGCCACAAUUGAGUCCAAGCUCCAGAUUGUCCUCCAACACUAGGCCACAAAUGCGUCGACCACUUGUCCGACAAAAUCCGCAAAAUGGUCCCAUGCAACAAUUCGGUGAACUAGUCAGGGCCCUGGAUCGUCAGUAUCACCUAAGAUACUAUUUGCUUUUGACAGUCCUCGUAAUGGUAGCCACAAUGAUUUACGUCGUAGUGACCCCAUCCUGAAGAACUGACACUGAAGCCUAUACGGAUUUUUUUUCUUUUCUUCUGACACUUAUUCUUAACGAUGCAUUUCAAUAUUUAUUUAGUUUCGGCAAUUUGAUUAUUAAGUAAUUGCUGUCCGUUAGUCCGAUCUUUAACUGACUAUUUUAUUAAAAGCCAUAAGAACAAAGACCAUAUCUUUCACAUUUUCGGAAAACAAUUAUAAAAUGUGCUUUAACUUUUCGGUUACGGUUAAAAAAACAUAAAAAAUAAAACAAUUUAAACAAAA